ACGACCUCCCCGCCUCCACAUCGGAAAUAUGAGGUCUAGAAACUUGUUUUCCGAUCGGAUGAGACGUUAGGGUAACGGGGAUGUUCGAUUCAAUUGCGCGCGAAAUCUUAUGGAUUGAACGCUUUUCCGAUCCCUGCUGUUUUCUGUCCCCAUUCGUUAGCAAGAGAUUAGCCGAUCGCUUCGAAAUCCGAUAACCCUGAUCCAAUACAAUUCUUUUGGACUAGUGCUAGCUGCCCCAUGGGGAUUCAUCAAGAUAUUAACCCUGGACUUUGCGGGGACUCCACACUUCUAAUAGGGAAUUGGACUUAGACGACCCCUAAGUGGAUUACUUAAGGAGUGAAAGCCCAUAUCACCUCCCAGGGCAUUCUUCUCGGUCCAGCAUCUUUGCUCCAUAUCUUGUAGUCCUUGGUAUUCUGGCUCCUUUUCUCAAAGCCGCCAUAAUUAGGGCCAAUUUUAAUACCAUGGACGCAACUCCUGACCUCAGCCGCCAGAAAAGCGGAAAGGCUGAGCAUGUCGAGCAAAUCGCCGGCGAAGUCUUGGACAAGGGGACCGAUGCGCCGGUCGACAGGUUCGGCGCUCAUGCGAAAACGGAUCCAAAAGAGAUCAAACUUGUGAAGAAACUGGAUAUGUAUAUUCUUCCUAUCCUCUGGUUGAUGUACUUCUUCAACUUCCUCGAUCGAAAUGCGAUGGUCAACGGCAAGUUAGACGGGCUAGACAAACAACUCCACAUGAAGGGAUAUGAGUACAACACUUGUGUUUCUAUUCUCUUCGUUGGUUAUCUCGCGGGACAAGUCCCUUCCAACAUGCUUCUCAAUCGUGUCCGUCCUUCAUUAUUCAUGGCCGGAUUUAUGACUGCUUGGUCUAUCACCACCCUAUGCACAUUCUUGGUGCACGACUACAAGACAAUGUUAGUCGCAAGACUGAUUCUAGGAAUUGUGGAAUCUCCGUUUUAUCCCGGUGCGCUUUACAUGUUAAGCAUGUUCUACACGAGGAAGGAAAUCGCAACUCGUAUGUCUGUUUUCUAUACAGGAAAUAUGGCUGCGAGUGCGUUCUCUGGGUUGAUAUCCGCGCCUAUAUUUGCGGGUUUAGGGGGUGUUCGUGGACUGGCUGGAUGGCAAUGGUUAUUCAUAAUCCAAGGAUCGCUAUCAACAGUCAUCGCGAUCGCUGGAUUCUUCCUUCUACCCGAUGCACCCUUAAAAACUCGAUGGCUCACCCCGGAAGAACGCCAACUAGCCCACGACCGCAUCGCUAGGGAUACGACAGAAAGAAGCGAGGCCGGAACCAGUGUCAUGAAGGGAUUAAGAGAAGCUCUCGUUGACUACCGGACGUGGAUUUUCUGCUUGUGCGACAAUCUACACCUUAGCGCUAAUGGCUUCAAGAAUUUCUUGCCGACCGUCGUCAAGAAUCUCGGCUUAGACACAACGACAGCUUUGGUCCUUACUUGCCCGCCCUACAUUUUCGCGGCGUUUCUUAGCAUCGCCGUAUCGUAUAGCAGUGGACGGUUCAAUGAACGUACAUGGCAUAUCACAUUAUCCAAAGUGGUCGCAAUCGCCGGUUUUGCUAUUAGUAUGGCAACGCUCAACACGGCAGCCCGCUACGUCGGCAUAAUGUUGUUUGUAGGAGCUACAUACGGCGUUAACAACAUUAUUCUGAGUUGGACCAGCUCUGUUUUGGGUCAGUCGGACGAGAAGAAAGCGGUUGCGAUUGCGAUGUGCAACAUGUUUGGGAACUUGAGUUCCGUCUAUACGCCUUACCUUUGGCCAGACUCCGAUGCACCGCAAUUCAUUAAGGCCAUGUCGGGGGCAAUUGGGUUCUCGGCGGGUGUGAUUAUUUGUGCUUGGGUCUUGAAGAUUUCCCUUAUGAGGUUGAAUAAGAAGAUGCGGCGAGAUGAUCCGUCGGCUUCGAAUUUUUACGUGUAUUGAUGAAUUUCUUGUUUAAAUUUGGAUAUUUGGCUAGUGGGCAUAGCGACUACCUAGGUAAUUUUAUCUAGAACUGUAUCUUCGCUUAUAGGCCGAUCCGCCGGUGCAAUUACAGAGGAGGUUAGCGUCGUGGCCUCCUAGUCUUUUAACGAGCUACAGCUUGUGCCUCCCUAUUAUUAUAGCGACCACGAGACAGAGCCUAAAGGCGUGCCGUAGAGCACUGAAUGUCACAGAUUACUGCGUGUGAUGAUGACGAAUUAACGCAGCCGACCCUACAAAAACACUGCCUCAAAAAUCGCCAACCUCGCCGCGCAAGUGGCUGCAAUACAACCGAAUCGCACUAAGUUAUAGGGAGCUCGGCGCCCCAGAUCAUCCAAUUUUAGCGUGUAGCCGCAAGAAACUUCUAAAAUAAGGCAGGCAUACAUACUAUCGAAACUUUUGCUUAUUGUUUUAACUGAGGGUUCUUAGGUAUUCUUACUCAGUAUAUAUAUAUAUAUACAGAAAUUCAUAGUUGCAUCGAAAAUGCUGUGAUUAGAGUCUUGUUAUAGCCGUCACCUAUACCGUUAUUACUAAUAAAAUCCUUGUAGCUGUAUCAGUUAAUCGGUUAUCAAU